AUGUUAAAUAAUCAACAGGGAUGUUCUGCACUACUUGAAAACCUUUUUGCACCUUCUAUGGGAUGCCAUACAAAUGAAGAUGGAUCUACUAGACCCGCGCCUACAGAUAUACCAUUCGGCAGUCUCCAAGCUGCACAGGAUUAUGCAACAGCCAUGAAUUACUGUCGCGAUGAAAUUAUGCAAGAACUAGAUGCAUUGGAUAAAAGUGUAAUCCAACCUACUGAUCAGUUGGCAGCAUUAACCAAAGUGAUCCAAAAGACAAUUGUCAAGCGCCAGCACAAACUACUUGAUUAUGACCGGUUUCGUACAUCCCACCAAAAAUACGCUGCCAUUGCUGACAAGGGACCAAGUGAAGAAAAGCAUAUGAUCAAGCUGCAAAGUCAGCUGGAGACAGCAACCCAGGACUACUUUUACCUCAAUAAUCUUCUCAAGCGAGAUCUGGCAGAGUUUCUGAGACUGGCGGCUUUGUUUAUCCAGCCUGUCCUGGAAGACUUUUAUGAGAUCCAGUGCCGGGUUCUUGGCGGCAUGUAUGGGCGGAUCUACGAGGUUGCCGAAACCCACCGGGCAGUGUUCCUGACACUCGACAAGAGUUUGCAGGUCGGAUAUGAGUGGCGGCUGGGUCAACGCCCGGUGGAUCAGGAAAUGAAGCAAUUGAGUAUUUUACAAAAGAGCACUGGAGCACAGUUGGGAUAUAGAGCAGACUCCUUGGAAGACCGGAUGAAGAACCGUGAUCCUGUUUACAAUAACAAUCCCGACAGAUUGUCGACUGCGUCACUCAAACCUGCCAUGUCAGCAAAACCAUUGAUGGCACCCAAACCAACCAUGGCACCCAAGCCAACCAUGACACCAAAGCCAGCAAUGGGAUCUAAAUCAUACAACCACUACCAACAACAGCAGCAAUAUGAAGAGAAGGAUGAAGAAGGAGAAUAUAUGGGAUCAAGAUUUGGAUCAUUGGCACUAUCAUCACCGUCACCACCACAAACAACAACAAACAAACCAAAGACACGUAUGCCUCCUCCCCCUCCACCACCAAAACCAAAGGCAAAGGCAAAGGUUGCUGUAGUGCACUAUGUGAUUGCAUUGUACGAUCUUGAUGCUCAACAGGCGGGAGAUCUUACCUUUCGACAGAAUGAUCGGAUUGAAUUGAUCGAGAGAACAGCAGAUGAACAGGACUGGUGGAAAGGACGAUUGGGAGAUCAGGUUGGAAUGUUUCCAGGCAACUAUGUGACACUGGAAUAAUAAAUACAUACACAAUACAAGAUCCAACCAUC